ACCCCCCCUUUCCCUCUUCCUCCCUCCCUCUUUCUCCACGCACCCACCAUCCUGUCCCUGGUGUAGCGCUCAGCCACGUACUGCUGCAGGAUCUGCCCCGUGAUGCGCUGCGCGCUCGCGCCCGUGCCCAUGGGCCAGCGUGCCAGAGGGUGCUGCGGCGCUCGAUCGUUUCCUCCUCUGCGGGAUUCUGCCCCUGCACACGCAAGAGACACACGGUGGGGGGAGGCGGAGGCAAGGGGAAGCAAAAAUGAAGCACAUAGAGGACAGCAGCAGGCGCCUGACGAGCGUGGCCAUUGCGUGGGAGGGCGUGAGCUGGACGCACCCUGACGCCGUGCUGCCCGUGGUGCUGCACAGCAUGCUGGGGGCGUGGCGCCAGGACGAGGACCGUCUGGGUUCCGAAUUCGCUUCCAAGUUGUGGAGUGGCAGCUGCUGUGAGCGCUACACGGCCUUCCACACCAGCUAUACGCUACACGGGCCUCUUUGGCUUCUAUGCGGAAGCCGAGCAUGAGCAGCAGAUGGAUCUGUCAUGGGCCAUGAAGAGAGGGAUCUUCUGCAUCACCCUUGACAUUUGCCCUACUCACGCCGACCACGCUCGCAGACGGCUCAAGCAAUCGUUAGUGCAGCACCUGGACAGCUCAACAGCGGUGGCAGAUGAAAUUGGGCGCCACAUGUUGACAUACGGUCGGCGCGUGCCCCUUGCAGAAAUGAUAGCCUGCAUCAAUGAUGUGGAUGCGAAGACUCUCAGUCAGCCGGCCCGCAGGCUCUUUCUCAACAAGGUAAUGA